AAUCUUUUCUCGCUGUCCACUGUGCUCUCAGUAUGGCCCCGAAUCCCAACGAAAUUAGCCAGUGGUACCAAGACCAGGUAGUAUUUCUCACUGGUGGUACUGGGACCCUAGGGGGAUGUCUCCUUUACAAACUAGCCCUUCAGGUCUGUGCAAAGAAAAUCUUUGUUCUUUGUCGCGGGUCCGUACACGAGGCAAUAGAGAAACUAGAGGAUUCCAUGCCUGAUGAGGCCCACAACAUUCUUGAUACCCAAAAGGUCUCUUUCGUCGUUGGGGAUGUCACGGAGUCGAAUCUGGGUCUCCGUGGUGCAGACCUCCAACAGCUCCAGGCCCAGGUCACUGUUGUUAUCAACUGCGCUGCCAGUGUGUCUCUGCUGCAGAAUCAGCAAGGUUCGGUCACUAGCAAUUGCCUUCCUCAUCUGAGGCUCAUGGAGUUACUAAGGAACUUCUCAAAACUGAAGACCCUUCUUCAUGUCUCUACCGCGUUUGUCAAUAGUUUCCUCCCCGGGGGACGGGUGGAGGAACGCAUCUACGACAUCUACGACGAUAAAGAAUGUCCCGCCAAUGACCUGCAUUCCAUAAUUUCAACAGGCCAUUCACAGUAUAAUUCUCAAUUUCCCGCCCCUUAUGCACACGCAAAGUACAUUGCAGAGCGCCUUAUCCUCGAGAAUCCCUGUCUCUUUUCCGUUCUAAUUGUGCGGCCUUCGAAUAUCGGACCAGCUAUUCGGGACCCCGCACCUUUUUAUGGGCUCGAUAUGACGAUCCCAAUGCACUCCUAUGUACAAUUCCUUCUAUCGAGCAGUGAUACUGACGUACGGAAUCUGGACGACAUCCUGCCUCCACAGCAUAUUGUCGAUGAGAUCCCCGUGGAUCUUGUAGCUAAUACUUGUCUCCUUCAUCUAGCCUCAGGAACGACUGGGAUUGUGCAAGCCGCCGCGAAUCUCUACAUCCCUCGUACCAGUGCAGACAUUCAGCGUCUUGUCGAUGAUCAUCUCUCCUCGGAGCUUGAAGAAGAACUGCGCACAGUCGGAUAUUCGCAAAACCCAGAACUUGCAAAAUACUUUACCCGUAUGUUCGAAAAGUUUUGUCGCAAUUGGGAUUUUGACUGUGGAAGAUCAGAGAGCCUCAAAGGGAUCGAUGGACCACUUUCACUGAGUCUAGAGGGACACGACCCUGAACAGUAUGCCAAAGUUCGUAUUCAGGCAGUGGCACGGAGACUCCGGGCCUCGUUCAAGAACUCCGGUAAGCCCAGCUCUGUUACGUAGUCCUCCCUAUAUGGGCGAACGACCGUCUUGGCCCUCGCGAAUCGUCUUUGUAGACUAUCAAUAUGGGCUGAACACGCCCGUACCUGAGGGCUUCGUCCACGUGGGCUGCAGACACUAGGAUAAAUCCCUUAGCGAUCAUAAUCCCC